UCAAGGAAUACAAGCUAAAACAGUGUAAGGUCCUUCUGGUUUUGUGUUUCUACAUCAUUACAUGGGAAAAGGUUUGAAUUCUAAGAAUAUGCACUUCUUUAAAGAUACUGAUAGAUUUAACAUUUUCUUUCAUCAUUUUGCAGAAGCUUAGCAAUGGAGUCUUUCUCUACUGAGACCAACUCAACUGACCUACUCUCACAGCCUUCAAAUGAACCUCUAAUAAUUCUCUCCAUGGUCAUCCUGGGCCUCACUUUCUUAUUGGGAUUGCCAGGCAAUGGGCUGGUGCUGUGGGUGGCAGGCCUAAAGAUGCAGCGAACAGUGAACACAGUUUGGUUUCUCCACCUCACCGUGGCGGACUUUCUCUGCUGCCUCUCCUUGCCCUUCUCCCUUGCUCACUUGGCUCUUCAAGGGCACUGGCCCUAUGGCUGGCUCCUCUGCAAGCUCAUUCCCUCCAUCAUCAUCCUCAACAUGUUUGCCAGCGUCUUCCUGCUUACUGCCAUCAGCCUGGACCGCUGUCUUCUAGUGCUCAAGCCAAUCUGGUGCCAGAAUCACCGCAAUGUGAGGACAGCCUUCGCCAUCUGUGGAUGUAUCUGGGUGGUGGCUUUUGCAAUGUGUAUACCUGUGUUCCUAUACCGGGAAAUGUUCACUGUAGACAACCAUAAUAUGUGUGGCUACAAUUUUGGUGGCUACAGCUCAUUAGAUUAUUCAGAUUUUACCUUUCAUCUACUGGAAAACGGGUCUCUUGACUACUCCAUUGUUCAGCUGCCUGGGGAAAUGGGUGAUAGGUUAGAUUCUUCCUCUUUCCAAACAAAUGAUCAUCCUUGGACAGCCCCCACAAUGAAUCCAUUGACAACUUCCACUGAUUUCCGUGCCCAGACAUUCCAAAGACCUUCUGGAGAUUCACUCCCUAGGAAUUUAUCUAGAUUAUCCAGUCAAUAUAACUAUUAUAAUUUAUCUACAUCUGCUGAUGUGUUCUUACCUAGAAUUCCUGGUGAUUUGCAUAGGUUUCCCAGUGAAGAUCGAAGGACUGACUCACUGAAUUACUCUGAUCCUCUUCUCUCUACUGAUUUAGAGCUUUUCCCCAGUGCUUCUAGCAAUUCCUUACACACAUAUGAUUACAAUUACAUUGGUAAUUCAAGCCAAUUCAUCCAUGACAAUGAAGUGCCAACACCCCUGGUAGCAAUAACCAUCACUAGGCUAGUAGUGGGUUUCCUGCUGCCCUUUAUUAUCAUGGUGGUCUGUUAUACCCUCAUUAUCUUCCGAAUUCGACAGGGACGCUUCUCCAAGUCUCGGGGCAAAACUUUGCGAGUAGCCACGGUGGUAGUGGUUGUCUUUCUUGUCUGCUGGACUCCAUACCAUGUAUUUGGAGUCCUAUCAUUGUUUAUUGAUAUGGAAACUCCCUUUGGGGAAGCUUUGGCAUCCUGGGACCAUGUGUCCAUUGCUCUAGCGUCUGCCAAUAGUUGCUUCAAUCCCUUCCUCUAUGCCCUCCUGGGGAAAGAUUUUAGGAAGAAAGCAAGGCAGUCCAUGCAGGGCAUUCUGGAGGCAGCCUUCAGUGAGGAGCUCACACACUCUACCAGCUGCUCCCAAAACCAAAUCUCUUUAAAAAGAAACAGUAUCAGUACAGCUGUUUGAAAACAUGGAACUGCCAAUCCAGGCAGAGGUUCUUAAGUAUUCAGCCAGUACAACAUGUUUCUAAAAGGAUGAGAGAUGUAGUGAGCAGGGGGGUUCAGAAACCAUCAAAGAAUCAUAAGCAGCAUUUUAGUCUAGUGGUUCUCAAAGUGUGGUGCCCAGACUGACACCAGCAUCACUUGGACACUUGUCAGAAAUGCAACUCUCAAGCACCACCCCAGAUUUGCAGAAUCGGAACCUCUGCGAGGUGGGGCCCAGCAAGCCCUCUUGUUUUAACAAGCCGUCUUGUUUCUGAUGCAUGAUAAUUUCGAGAAUUAUUGUAAAAGUCUAUUUCUGUCCAAAACUAAACCAUGUGAGCUAAAUGAGAAACUAGUCUGUUUUUAAAUGAUGUUUCCAUCAUUAAAUUUUUUCUUUAGUAUUAUCUAAAUCCCCUUCUAGAGUCGAUGUAAACUCAUUUCUUCUAGGUCUACC